AUGGCGUCCGCCGCAGACCCGUGUUUGCCAACGAAGGAAUCUCCAAAAUGGCUGGAAAUUCCUCACGAACUGAUGGUAAAUAUAUUUCAAAGAUUGCGGACUUUAGAAUUACUCAACGGCGCAAUGAAAGUAUGCACAACUUGGUGGAGAAUUUGCAAAGAUCCGGCGAUAUGGAAGGUCAUCGAUGUUGAUAGUUGGGAUGCAUGUUAUACAAAUUACGAUCUUGAGAUGCUGACUAAGAAGGCAGUCGAUCUUAGCUGUGGGGAAUUGACCGAUCUCAGUAUCAAAGGGUUUGGCGCCGAUGAUCUCCUUGAUUACAUGUUGAUACGCUCAAGUAAGCUGAACAGCCUUUCCCUUUGGUGCUGCUUUGAUAUGACGGGCAGUGGGUUGAGACGGUCAGUCAAAAGGGUACCACAAUUGGAGAAACUUCAUCUUACUUCCAUCUCAAUCAACAUUGAAGACAUUAAAGUUAUUGGACGGAAUUGCCCUCAGCUUAAGUCCUUCGAGAUGGACAUGACAAUCACCGGGUCAUUCAUUAAAUAUGAUGAUGAUGCCCUUGCCAUUGCAAACAACAUGCCUGAGUUACGCCAUUUGCAGGUGUUUGGUAGUAAGAUGACAAACUACGGAUUCAAGGCCAUUCUUAACGGAUGCCCUCACCUUGAAUCCCUAGAUGUUCGUUGGUGUUAUAACCUUAAUCUUGACAUGAAUUUAUUAAAGGAGUGCAUGGAACGGAUAAAAGAUUUUAAGAGCUCAACACGAAACUAUUAUGACUUUGAUGAUACGUAUUCUUCCGGAUAUUCCGAUGAAGAUGAUUCUUCUGUCUCUCAGGAUAGUGACAUUUCUGAAGAGGUGGAUUAUUAA